AUGUCGCUCACCCAGAUCCCAAACGAAUUAUUCGAGCACAUCUGCACUCUCUUGUGCCUGCCUGAUCUGUGCAGUCUACGACUGGUGUCUCGCUUGGCUGCAGCAAAAGCAACACAGGAUCAUUUCAAGUCAUUCUACAAGCAGAAGCACGUGGAUUUGACUCGAGAAUCGCUUGAGCAAUUUCUUCGCCAAACACAAUCGGAUUCAUUAGUCUGCCUGGUCGAAGACCUGAUUUUGGUUGGUCAAAAGGCCCCAACAGUGAAGCAGUUGGGAGACGAAUUCAUGAUGGAAGAGGAAUUAGAGAUUCUGCGACAGCGAAAAGCUGAAUCUGACAGUCUCCGGAAAUCUGGUCGGGAUGUAAAGCUUUUAGCACAAUCACUCGAAAACCUGGCCAAAAGCCGCAAAUAUGGCCCGCUGCCGUCCCUGCGGCUUGAAGUCGUCGUAUAUCGCGAUACUGCCUACAAAAGGCUCGAGCCCAUCGGAGGAGGCAGCUGGAAGAUGAUCUGGGCAGAAGCUGCUUCUACCUUGAAAACAGCCAUGUCGGCUCUAGCAAGGAGCAGAUUGGCUGUCCAGCAACUCCACGUGUUUACCGACCUUCAGCGCUGCAGUGUUGCGAGCAAUGAGAUAUUGCCGGCCAUCGACGCUAACGCACGACUUGACAAGCUCUCUAAAUUGGCCAUAAGCGUGUCGUCUCGGAUCAUCGAUGAGACUGAUCGAGAUAUGAACAGGACCGGGGACCGAUACGAUGUCGUCGACUGGUCGACUCGCCCACAGGAACGAGAUAUCGAAGUGCUCAAGCAGGAGGCAUCAGAUGAGAACAACUUUUCUGGCCUGCCCAGAUUGCUCGCUCUUUGCAGCAACCUGGAGGAGCUACAUGUGCACCAAUAUUCCCUGACGUAUCAUGUCUUGCAACGCAGCGAUCUCCACCUCGAGAGUUAUUUGGAACUAGUGGUGGCAAUGAUACCAUUUCCCAAGCUUACGAAGCUUCGACUCCAAGGUGGGACAGCUCGCGAGCAGGAUCUGGUAUCUCUCGUUCAACAGCAAGGAGCUUUGCAGGACCUCGCAAUGGAGUCGAUCGCGUUGCAACCGGGAGGCUCUUUUCGUGCCUUGUUCGAAUACUUGGGAAAUCAUUUCGAAUCUCUGUUCUUGGAGGAUUUAUUUGAAGAUGGUCGCCUGGUCUACUUCAUCAGUGAACAAGGCUGGGGCCACGAACUUCCGCCUGGACUCCCGACUCUUACACACACGGAAGGCACCAACACUCUGCACAGGACAUCUGGAACUCGGCACAGGAGGAUUGAGUACCAUUUGCCCAUGCAUCGCUUCGUCGGAUCGCCUGAGGUAAAUAAUUGGCGAGCUCGUCGAGGUAGGGAGUAUGGACCGCCUGAAGCAGUUUAA